CCAUGCUUUGCCAGUUGCCUGACCUGACCUGUCAAUGUCAACUGUAAACAAAGGUUAACGAGAACGUCACUGACGUACCUUGAGAAGACCUCGUUAAGUUUACAGUCGAAAUUUAGGCAUGCCUCUGCUAGAUUUCACGGGCAUUUCUCAGUUGACGAAAUUUUUAAAUGAGUGUAUCAAUGAGCUUUGUUUGUGGUGAUAACCUUUAAUAGCUCUAACUGUCACUGAGGGUGGUAAAAAUGCUGCUUUAAUUUAAAAAAAUAUUUUUAAAAAAUGAUUCAAUCUGGGAGCAUUUGUCGGAGUUCUGACUCCGUGGAGGCGGUGUGGACCUCACUUAUGCCAAAGAGUAGCAUGGUCGAAAACUUCAAUGAAGAUGAGGAUGUAAUUAAAUUGUCCCUUUUGCUUAAAUCCACCCAACUCCUCCUCACAGGCCUCAGGCAGAAACAGUUACGUGGCUCGAGUGAAGUCAAUUCGUUAAAAGUUCAACUACAAGCUGUAACACGAAAGAAAGAGCAAUAUGAGACUGAUGCUAAAAAUCUUCGAAAGGAGCUGUCAGAUCUAAAAUUUGAAUUGCAAUCAUCGGAUUUAAAGGCUAAGAAGUUUCAGAAGGAAGCCGAGUCGGCCAGUGUAAAAUGGAAACAGUUACAAUCAAGGAUAAGUAGUGAAGUGGAAACUCGCCUUAAUGCUGUGUUUAAGGCCUGUCUUCAGCAGAACAAUGCUGUAACAGUCCAGCAAAUGAUGACCCAAUUGCAAACUCAACCUCAAUUCACAGACUUUCCAACUGAUGAAUGGCCAGCUGCUAAAGUGCAACAAGUAGCUGAACUUGCUGGAAAGGAUACAAUCAAUGCUAAGACCCAUUCAAGUCGUGAAAAUUUAGAGGCAAUUUCACCUGACAAAAGUUUAAUACUAGACACUCCAGAUGCUUGUAAAAGAUCCACCUUUCAAAGGCACAAAUCAGACAAAAAUGAUUUUGCAAAACCUAGACACUUAGCUGAAAUCAUGAAUUCAGUAGCUUCAUCCCCGGAUGAAAUAGCUCCUACCCCACCCUCUGCUAGCAACAAACAAGAAAGUAAAAGGAGGGGAAAGAAUAAAAAGAUUUUCAAGAGUGAUGAAGCAAUCAUUGAUCAAAAGGAGCCCGUUGUGUAUGCUGUUGAUACACAGGAUGUCGAUGAACCUGUGAACCAAAGAUCUGUAUUGAAGGAAAAUAUUAUCAUACCAGAAACAUUUAACCCAGAAAAUUGUGAAGAACAAGUAGAAUAUAGACCCUCCUCUAGAAGAGACAAAGAGAAUGGUAGCAGUUUGACCUCAACUGGUCAUCAUGACAAAAAAUCUCCUUCUGGUACCCCAGUCAAUGUUAAAUCUCCCUCCACUCCCUCUAAAGCGCAGACAACAAGAGAUCCAAGUCCUAUCUUUGGAGGUAAUUCAGGAAGUAAAAAAAUUGGUGCACGAAAUUUAAAUAUCUCUCUUGGAUCAUCCUCCAAGAAACAAAGAUUCAGAAGCAGCUCAUUUGCGGCAGCAAAUGCAGUGGAUACGAGUUAUCGAAGAACUGAAAGUGGAAAACGGAAAAUGUCAGUCCAACCAACUAUAACUAGUUAUGUUGACAAUAUGAAUGGGUCAAAAUUGAACUCAUCCAAAUCAAACAGAUCAACCAAGCUAUCCCUGCAAAACAGAAAGCACCUUGGCUCUAAAGCUAAGAAAUCCACUGGAGCAGAUCUUUCUAAGACUUUGACUCAUUUAAGUGAAGAGGAGCAAAUAGAAUUAGCCAUAUCAAAGUCUCAUCAUGAUAAUUAUAGCCAUUUGACAGAUGACAGUGAUGCCACAAUGUUUGAACCCAUUAGUCCAGCUCGUACUACUAAGGAACCUCUUCAAGGAAAUGUGCAGUCUGCUGUGACUUCUACUAUUUCUUUGAAAGAUAGACAUGAUUUUAAGGAUAGUGAAGGGGCAUAUUUUGAGCCAAUGUAUGCUAGCACUGAAAAGGAAUUCAUCACUCCAACUAAACGGAGGAAACCAAUGGAUAACUUUGAAGGAACAUUACAAUCUCAGUUCAAGCCCCCUUUUGUAAGCACCCAAAAAGUAUCAAUGGAUAACUCUGCUCUGAAUGAGUUUGUUGAGCUUCUGGACGAGAAGAAUCUCGAUGAUACUCCUCCCCGACCUAUAGAAAACAGCUACAACCAUUUGCCAAAAAAAAAUAAGACCUAUGGAAAAGUACGUAAGAAGCUUGAAAGGAAGAAUCUUCCUGCUUUGGAAUGUACUCAAUGUGGCAGGUUUUUCGCUGCUGCAUUUGGUGAUGAUGAUAAAGCAAGAAGGGAAAUAGUCAACUCCUGUUCUCGUCACAGGGAUAGGAUUGGUGCUGGUGCUAGCCCUGUAACGCCACCAGGUUACUGGGAUCCAGGAUGGCGUUCACCUCAAGAUGCCAACAAAGCUUAAGAUAUAUGAACAUGAACCUUUCAUUACAUUCCUCUAUCAUUAUGUGUUUCUGUUUUCCAACUGAACUGUUAAGAUUAUUCGAGCCAAGCUCAAUUACUUCUCUGCCUUUUAUUUUACCUGUCUCAGACAGUGAUUUAUGUUUACGUUUUGUUUUUGUAUAGUGUUUAUAAUCAGUUUGAUUUAGAGGUGACAAAAAUGCGCAUCUCCAUGAUUAUUAUUAUUUUGUCCUAAUCUUGGUAACUGUAGGUUUGCCAUGAUUUAGUGAUAGUGCUGUGGUUUUGUUCUUCUAAAACAAACUGUGCCCAGUUUAUAUCAUGUGUUAUUUUUUAAGUUAAAACAGAAGAAAAAUUUCGUCCAGUUUUAAAAAAAAAAUUGUUUUAAUUUA